GAGCGCGCGCGGGCGGGGGAGCGGCGCUGACGUCAGCGCGGAGUAUUAUGGGCUGUCGUGCGCUGGCUGCUGCUUUUCUGCUCCUGGAAGCGGCCGAGGGGGGAAGCGGCGAGUCAACAUGGAGCUCUCGGCGGUGGGGGAGCGGGUGUUCGCGGCCGAAGCCCUCCUCAAGCGGCGCAUCCGGAAAGUAGGUGUCCCGGGGGGCCCAGGGCCUCGGCGCGGCCUGGCCUCGGCUGCCGGCCCAGCUCCCUUCCCCCAGGUCCCGGCCGUGGCGGCGGCGAGCCCAGGCGCUUCCCCCCGGACUGGCGGCGAUGCUUGCAUGCGUGGGGGGCGGGGUGCGGGAUGCAGGCCGGUGCGUACACUUUGUGCUGCGGGGAUGCCGCGGGAGCGUGCGUUGGGUGCAUGCGUUUGCGCGUGGCUUUCUGGUUGUGCUCCCGGUGCACGCCCCCGCCCACCCGCGUUUUUUUGCCUUUUGCGCCUGCAGGGACGCAUGGAGUACCUGGUGAAAUGGAAGGGCUGGUCGCAGAAGUACAGCACAUGGGAGCCGGAGGAAAACAUCCUAGAUGCGCGCCUGCUGGCGGCCUUCGAGGAGAGGGAGCGCGAGAUGGAGCUCUAUGGCCCCAAAAAGCGAGGACCCAAACCCAAAACCUUCCUUCUCAAGGCCCAGGCCAAGGCCAAGGCCAAGACUUACGAGUUCAGAAGCGAUUCAGCCCGGGGUAUCCGGAUCCCUUACCCCGGCCGCUCACCCCAGGACCUGGCCUCCACCUCCCGGGCACGUGAAGGCCUUCGGAACAUGGGGCUGUGUCCUGCAGGGAGCAGCAGCAGCACCUGCCGGGCGGAGCCCCCUCGGGACCGGGAGCGGGAACGCGAGCGGGAGCGGGACCACGAGAGGGAGAGAGAGCGGGGCGCCAGCCGCAUGGACGACAAGGCCAGCUCUCCGGGGGACAGCUCCAAGAAGCGAGGCCCCAAGCCCCGGAAGGAGCUCCUGGACCCCUCUCAGAGGCCUUUGGGAGAAUCCAGCGACACUCUGGGAGACUACCUGGAGGGCCAGAAGCUGGACGACGGCCCCCCGGGGGCCGGGAGCUUCCCUGCCGGCCACAGCGUGAUCCAGCUGGCCCGGAGGCAGGACUCCGACCUGGUGCCGUGCGGGGUGAGCAGCCCCAGCCUGGCCGAGGGAACAGGCAAGCUGGCCGUGGACAACUUCCCUGCCAGGGUCAUCAAGCACAGGGCUGCCUUUCUGGAGACCAAAGGCCCGGCUGCCCUGGACUCCAGCAACCCCAGGGUGCGGCAUAGCUCGGGCACCCCUGGCUCUGUCGGGGGUCUGUAUCGGGACAUGGGGGCGCAGGGAGGAAGGCCCUCCCUCAUUGCCAGGAUCCCCGUGGCCAGAAUCCUGGGUGACCCGGAGGAGGAGUCCUGGAGCCCCUCACUGACCAACCUGGAGAAGGUGGUCGUCACCGACGUGACCUCAAACUUUCUGACCGUCACCAUUAAGGAAAGUAACACAGACCAAGGCUUUUUUAAGGAGAAAAGAUGAAGUUGUCAGGGAGGCUGACGCCAGGACAAGCGGGCAGGCAAGAGGGAGUGCGGCCUGGGCCUA